UGUCCUGAGCCCACGCGUACUGCUAGGCGGAGCCAGGCGGCGGUGGACAGUCGGUCCCGGGGCCCAGGAGGGACACAGGAGAGGGACCAAAUCUGCUUCUCUGCUCCCCACUUCUCUCAACCAGUCCUCCGAGAGUCUUCAAGCCGCUUUCCUGCACUCAAUCUUUCUGGAAAAGUAAAAGGAGACUUUUCCCAGAUGAAGAGAACACACCUGUUCAUCGCGGGGCUCUACCUGCUGGCCUCCUGCCGGGCAGAAGAGGGGCUCAACUUCCCCACGUAUGAUGGCAAAGACCGUGUGGUCAGUCUUACUGAGAAGAACUUCAAGCAGGUUUUGAAGAAAUACGACGUGCUUUGCCUCUACUACCACGAGUCCGUGUCUUCAGACAAAGUUGCGCAGAAACAGUUCCAGCUGAAGGAAAUCGUGCUCGAGCUUGUCGCCCAGGUCCUGGAGCAUAAAGAUAUAGGCUUUGUGAUGGUGGAUGCCAAGAAAGAAGCCAAGCUUGCCAAGAAGCUGGGUUUUGAUGAAGAAGGAAGCCUGUAUGUUCUUAAGGGUGAUCGCACGAUUGAGUUUGAUGGCGAGUUUGCAGCUGACGUCUUGGUGGAAUUUCUCCUGGAUCUAAUUGAAGAUCCUGUGGAGAUCAUCAACAGCAAACUCGAAGUCCAAGCCUUUGAACGCAUUGAGGACCAGAUCAAACUCAUUGGCUUUUUCAAGAGUGAGGAGUCAGAGUAUUAUAAGGCUUUUGAGGAGGCAGCUGAACACUUCCAACCUUACAUCAAAUUUUUUGCUACCUUUGACAAAGGGGUUGCAAAGAAAUUGUCCUUGAAGAUGAAUGAGGUUGACUUCUAUGAGCCAUUUAUGGAUGAGCCCAUUGCCAUCCCUGACAAACCUUACACAGAAGAGGAGCUUGUGGAGUUUGUGAAGGAGCACCAAAGACCCACCCUACGUCGCCUACGCCCAGAAGACAUGUUUGAAACAUGGGAAGAUGAUUUGAACGGCAUCCACAUUGUGGCCUUUGCAGAGAGGAGUGACCCAGAUGGCUACGAGUUCCUGGAAAUCCUGAAACAGGUGGCCCGAGACAAUACAGACAACCCUGACCUGAGCAUCGUGUGGAUCGACCCGGAUGACUUUCCUCUGCUUGUUGCCUACUGGGAAAAGACUUUCAAGAUUGACCUAUUCAAGCCACAGAUCGGGGUGGUGAAUGUGACAGAUGCUGACAGUGUCUGGAUGGAGAUUCCUGAUGAUGAUGACCUGCCCACAGCUGAGGAGCUGGAGGACUGGAUCGAGGAUGUGCUUUCUGGAAAGAUAAACACUGAAGAUGAUGACAGUGAAGAGGGGGAUGACGGGGAUGAUGACGAGGACGAUGAUGAUGAUGAUGGCAAUAAUUCUGAUGAGGAGUCUAAUGACGACAGUGAUGAUGAUGAUGAGUAGCCCCGACCCCGGGUGAUGGGUGAAAACACAAUCACAGCUGCCCACUACCAUGCAGACAGCACCAGGGGGCAGCGAGCAGCCCCAGCCUCUGCACACCAGCUCCUUCUCCAUUUCCCAUGCCUUUUCCCACCCUCUUCUCACCGGGAGCUGUUCCACUCAGCAAACGCCUCUAAACCCAGUAAUCCCACUCAGCAGGGACUAGUGGGGAAUUAUUCCCAUGUGGACUGUCUUGAUUGUCUUGGAAAAGCUCUUGUUUUUUGCCAGACCGUCACUGGUCAUGGCAAGGCCGGAACCUGGCGGUCGGGACAAUAAUCCUCUGACACCUCAACUCAAGUCUACUUGUCCUUGAUGUGAUAAUAACAGAAUUGACAGCCGGCAAACUCAAAGCAGAGAGUGACCUCACAGUCCGAGCCCAGGGAGACCCACGAUUCAUCCAUUUAGCUUCGUGCCUAGAACAUCAGUGAUAAUCCCUCCUUCAAGCGAGAGGUUCCCUCUUAGGAAAGGCUCAGCCUUGGAAACAAGUGUAUAAAUCAGGUUUUCUUGGCUCUAUUAAACGUAUUAUUUCAAGGGUAUGUCAGACCAUUAUGAAUUCAGAUCCAAGGGUUUGGAUAGCUAUCAGGAGGCCUUGAUACACAUGGGUACAAACGUCACCAUCAUUUCUAGCACGUUGGGACAUAGGAUGGGAGGUCGAUUUGCUUUCUUAAUUUCUUGUCAGUGGCAAGUCUCACAUUAUACACAAGGGGCUGGGGGAACUGUAAGGAUGAAAGGUUUUAAAUAUUUUUUCUCUAGGGUUCAUGCCCUUGAUUGAGUCAGCUGGCUUCUUAGCCUGAGCUGGGAUCUGGAUACACUUUUCUGUUGCUGCUAGUGGGUGCUCCCAUUGGGAGUGGAAGUUGGUUUAUCCAGAGGUCAAUCAAUGCUCCAUUUGUCAGCCCUCCCACACUUGAGCAGGACAAUAGCUAGAGUUCAGAAUGGUGCCCCGAGGCACUGAGAAAAUCCCAAAGUGCCUUCCAAACUAUCUAAAAGUUACAUUGUGCUUAGUAGUUUUAGCAUUAAGUGUGCUGAUAUUAUGAUGUUCUAAUUUAUUUUCUCAAUCUUUUAACACAUGUGUAAGACACUGUGCAAAUUCUUUGGAAAUAGGGUAAUUCUUUUAUGGAAUAGUAGCCAACUAACUCUGUCAUUAAACUUCUACUUUGAAA